AUGAACCACAACAUCCAAGCGAUUAAGUCAACGCGUCAUGCCAAGCGCCCAAGUGUCCAAACUGACAGACCAGGUGUUGUCGUCGGAGACGGUGCAGUCGGCAAGACAUGUCUGCUGAUCUCGUACACGACGAAUGCCUUCCCCGGAGAGUGUUUGACAACUACUCGGCGCAAGUACUCGUCGACCGGAGACCGAUCUCGCUCGGACUAUGGGACACGGCAGGACAGGAAGACUAUGAUGUGUGCCGAGUCUGGCUCAGCUGUCGAUGUGCCCGGUCGAGCUGACGUACAGCCGCCUGCGACCUCUGUCGUACCCGCAAACAGACGUGUUCCUGGUGUGCUUCUCGACUAUGCGGAACGCGGCCGAACCGCUGCCUCGACGCAGCUGGUGUUUUUACGGUAUCAGCUGACAAUCCAGAAAUGGAUCCCAGAGAUCCGACACCACGCCGCCGGCGUCCCAAUCAUUCUGGUCGGAACCAAGCUCGACCUGCGCGACGACCCGACGACGAUCCAGCGGCUGCGUGAGCGGCGAUUCUCGCCCAUCACGUACAACCAGGGCAUGCAGAUGGCGAAAGAGGUCGGCGCGGUGCGCUACGUCGAGGCGAGCUCCAAGACGCAGGAGGGACUGAAGAAUGUGUUUGACGAGGCGAUCCGCGCCGUCCUCACGCCCGCGGACCGGCCGGCAGCGGGACAGCAGCGCAAGCCGAAGAAGAAGGUGUGCACGGUUCUCUAG